CCGAAACCAACACCAAUAAACAUAUAAACCAUCCCUUGAUCCAAACCUUCAUCAAAUUGGUAUCAAGAGCUCGGUUGGGUGGCAUUUAUGCAAGCUAAGAUACAAGCCAUGGGAAAGAAUCACGCACAAUCCAAACAAGUGACAGCAGACGAAACUGAGCUCUACGAUGAGACAGAGUUGAUGGUGAUGGCCGAGAAAAUUAGCGAGAUGACAAAGGGCCAAGCUAAACUCAUUAAGGGACAUGGGGUGAUCAUGGGCAAACUCGACCAACUCCGUGAAACCAUUUUCCAGGAGUGGAAAGAGGCGCGGGUAGAGAAGAGUAUCAACGCGCUCAAAGAUACCUUGAUCGAGCUCUUUGGAAGGAUUACGAGAUCCAAACCUAGCGAGACGGCAGCCGAUGCACCAACAACGGUAAGCAGAAUUAAAGGCUUACUACCGGAACCCAAGAGGAAAUCGAGCCUUGGCAAUGGUCAACAAUCGCAAGAGGAUGAUAUGGAGGAUCUUUUUCUCAAAAAGGUAGUGGCUAGGCGAGACGAGGAAGCCGCGACGGGCGGCUGGGGCUCCAUGCAUCGGACGUGUCUGGGAAUACAGACAGGCCGACCAAAGGCGGGAUAAAACAUAGUAGGGCAAGGUGGUCAAGGGUGGAGUGAAGGAACUCACUCGAAUCGAUUCAAUCCCGGAUUCGAGGGCGUUGAUAUCGUAGGGAGAGAUGGAGAUUGGGCCGCCGACAGUCAGGUGGAAUCCUUCCUCUUUCGACCUCUCGAUUCGAUGGAAGGAUGGGCAGUCAAGGAUUCCUAAGAGGCGGAGGUAGCAAUGGCGGCAGAAGCAAGGAAGUUCGGCAAGCGGAGAAUGCAUCUCAUGGGUUUGAAGGCGACGGUAGAGUACGGAAAGGAGACGAACCCUGAAGUCCGAGCUGGCCGUCGAGGUCGCGGGUGGAGUGAUGAGGGAGAGACAUUAUGGAUGCAUGAUUACAGGGAUAUUAUUAGUUGGAAUUGCUAUUAUUGUGGAUUGGGAAUUUACGGGGGAAUUAUGGGUAUUGAUAGAUGGUAAGUUGUUAGGCUAUAAGUAAACUAGGAUUGUUUCU